CUUGGCCCGAGGCUAUGGCCGGUGAGCCUCGGGCGGGCCGUAACGGUUCUGCACAUUUUUGAAUAGACAUAUAUACCUGAAGAACUGCAAGCCAUGGCUGAGCAGGGUGAUACCGUAGCAGGCAGCUCACCUGUUGUAAAGGGCGACAAAUCCAACGAGCCCCAUGAGGAACACCAGUACCUGGACCUGAUCCGUCGCAUCAUCGAAACCGGCGUUCAGCGCGAUGACCGCACGGGAACCGGCACUCUCUCUGUGUUUGGCACCCAGAUGAGAUUCUCCCUUAGAGAUGGUCGUUUCCCACUGCUGACCACGAAGCGCGUGUUCUGGCGCGGCGUGGCUGAGGAGCUGCUGUGGUUCAUCCGCGGCAGCACGGACGCCGCCGAGCUGCAGCAGCGCGGCGUGCACAUCUGGGACGGCAACGGCAGCAGAGAGUUCCUCGAUCAUCUGGGCUUCACCGACCGCCGGGAGGGGGACCUGGGGCCCGUGUACGGGUUCCAGUGGCGACACUUCGGCGCCAAGUACCGCGGCCCCGACGCCGACUACACCGGCCAGGGCGUCGACCAGCUGGCCAGCGUCAUCCACGACAUCAGAACGAACCCGAACAGCCGCCGCAUAGUGAUGAGCUCGUGGAACGCGGCUGACCUGCCGCUGAUGGCGCUGCCGCCGUGCCAUUGCCUGGCCCAGUUCUACGUGGCCAACGGCGAGCUCAGCUGCCUGCUGUACCAGCGCGCGGCCGACAUGGGUCUCGGCGUGCCCUUCAACAUCGCCAGCUACGCCCUGCUCACCUGCAUGAUCGCCCACGUGACCGGCUUGAAGCCGGGCGAGUUCGUGCACUCCAUGGGUGACACGCACGUGUACCUGAACCACGUGGAGCCGCUGAAAGAGCAGCUGGCGCGCGAGCCUCGCCCCUUCCCGCGGCUGCGUUUCGCUCGCGCUGUCGACGACAUCCAGCAGUUCACCAUGGACGACCUUCAGCUGGAGGGGUAUGAUCCGCACAAGAAGCUCUACAUGAAGAUGGCCGUCUGAGUGCACAAAGCUACGCCGGUCUGUGCUUGGAGGUGAUUGUCUGAAGGCCUUAAGAUCGAAACGGAGGUGGCGGUCAGGUAGAUUUAGGUCUGGUGGAUGGCGGGAGUUCAGGUUAAAGGGUGGAAGUGGUGGAUUACAGACACGCACCAGCUGCUGGAGAUGGCGAUGGGGUGAUGGCGGGGUAGGUGACCGCGAGUCCUCAGCAGACACGCACCAGAUGCUGCAGAUCGCGGUGGGGUGAUGGCGGGGUAGGUGACCGCGGGUUCUCAGCCUCAUAGAUGGCUGUGAACUGAUAUUGAGAGCUAGGGACGGUGCGUCGAC